AUGAAAACAAAAUUCAAUGAAGACAAACGGUCUCGAGAAAGAUAUGUCGAAUUCAACCCUUCAGCACUACGCCACGUAGCGGCCAAAGCAACGGGUCGAGACUACUGCGAGAACUCUCGCAUCUACAAGGUUGCAGAGGGAGGUUUCAACAAAGUGUUUCUUCUCGAAACAGACGACGGCCGUGAAGUCGUCGCGCGUAUUCCUACCCCCAUCUCCGGUCCACCUCAUUAUUCCACAGCCAGUGAAGUCGCCACGAUCAAUUUCCUUCGAAAUGUUCUCCAAAUUCCCGUCCCCAGGAUCUUGGAUUAUUCCCCCUCGCUCAUGAAUAACCCGGUUGGAGCCGAGUAUAUUAUCAUGGAGCGCGUGCAAGGUGAAAGCCUCGCGUCAAGAUGGCUGACUCUCUCGACUGACGAAGUCAAGCAUAUCAUGACCCAGAUAGCGGAGAUUGAACAGAAAAUGUUUGAUUAUAAGUUUCCUGGGUAUGGCUGUCUAUAUCAUAAGCAUGAUAUCGAGGAUGAAGAGAAUCAUCUUUCGCUUCAAGUGGAAGAUUUCUGCAUUGGGCCUGUUGCUACGCGGCAGUUCUGGCAUGAUGAGCGUGGCAUGAUGGAGGUAGAUCGGGGCCCUUGGACUUCAGCAGAGGACGCCAUGACGGCUGCUGCACGCCGCGAACUUUCUCAUCUACGACAUCACGCAAAGCCAAAGCCGCGACAAACGUUUCUCUUACCAACUGAUUAUGACAUUGACCCCCGCGAGCAUGCAUCGCUUCUUUCAAAAUUUCUGCAACUAGCACCUUUUUUAGUCCCAGCUGCAGAAAAAACCUACCUGCAGCAGCAGCAUAACCACUCAACGCUGAGACAUCCUGACUUGAGUCUCGCAAACAUAUUACUUGUUCCGGGUUCCACUCAGAUCGCCAGCAUUAUUGAUUGGCAGGAUGCAACAAUCCUUCCUUUAUUCAUACAAUCAGGCUAUCCGGACUUCUGUGAGCAUGACACAUCCCGUCCUCAGAGUCUAAAAAUCCCCACGCUUCCGGAAGAAUAUUACAGAAUGAGUGAACAAGAGCAGAUAAAAACCAUGGUCAACUUCCGUUUGGAAGAGGCAAACCUCUACUACACGGCAGCUACGGGAAUACACAAUAAAAAACAUUUGAAUGCUCUCCGAACAAUUCCACACUUGGGCAUGCGCCAGUACUUGAUUCAGCAGACAGCGUACCCUUGGGAUGCGGAUGUGAUCAAUCUCCGAGCAGCACUGGUCGGUAUUACAGACCCAGAUAUCUGGAGUACUGGCAUUUCGUCCUUGCCUUGUCCAGUGUCGUUCUCGAAAGAAGAAAGGAAAGCUGCAAUGGACGAGUCCUCAGAGUGGAAUGAGUCUGAGGCGUUGCUCUCUAGAGUGAGAAGUGAGUUGGGCAUUGAUCUAGAGGGAGGUACAGAGCCAGAGAAUUUCGAGUGGGCGGCCCAGAAGAACGCAGAACUGAGGCUGGAGAUGCUACGGCAGUGUGAUGUUCAUGAGCGUGAGAUUUGUUGGCGGAAUUGGCCGUAUAAAGAUGAUGAAGAUGUGUCCUCUCCGCCACAUCUCGAUUGA